AUGUUUUCGCCUACUCCGUCGCCGAUUUCUCGGACCGUAACGUACAGAAAGAUAACAAAACCGUUAUUGGAACGAAAGCGCCGUGCUCGCAUCAAUCGGUGUUUGGAUGAGUUAAAGGAUCUAAUGUUUUCUGCCUUAGAGGCUGAAGGUGAAAAUGUCGAUAAACUCGAAAAGGCAGACAUUUUGGAAUUUACCGUUAAACAUCUUCAAAAGAUUACUAGAAGAGAUCCCGUAGAAGAAGCUUAUAAAUUUCAAGAAGGAUUUAGCCACUGUGCCAGCGAAGCGUGCAGUUUCCUAUUGUCACUGCCGGGCUUGGACUCUGUGGUCGGCCGCCGGCUGGUCGAGUACCUGGCCAAGUCGGUGUCUCGCGCGCUCGAAUCUCAACUGCCAGCCGCCGCCGCCGCCGCAGCCACCGCAGCCGCAGCCGCAGCGAUGGCCGCUACUGAUAAGCGGGCUGCCGCCGCUGCCAGUGAAGACCGGACGCCUCCGCAGCCACCCGACCACACGCCGCUAACACCGCCGCCGUCAGCCGCGGCCGCGACGGUCCUCGCGAAUCCAUGCCCAGCCGGCGGCACCGCCGCUUGCGACACCGCAACCACCGUCCACUUUGCGGCCAUCGCCGCCGCCUCGCCGACGCUUAAACCAGUCGCCCUAAGCUCGUCCAAUCGUGGCCCACCGCACACGGUCGUCAGGCCCAAACCCACCAGGCCUGCGUUCGGCCGGUCCCCGCCGACUCUGCAGCAAGACGCCGCAGCCGCAGCCGCCGCUGCCGCCCUUCGCGAUCCCAUGUGGCGGCCGUGGUGA